GUUUAGGAGAAUGAGUCCAAAUACUUGCUGGCUUUGCAAGAUAUUCAGCGCAGAAGAAAACGGGAUCACAAGAAAAAUAUUUGUCUUGGCAUGGUUGUCUUUGGAGGAAGUGCUACAGUGGUCCCAGUCUUUUGAAAAUCUGGUAACAAGCAAAUAUGGGCCAAUAAUCUAUACGACCUACUUGAAGACAGAACACAGUGAUAAAAACAUAGAAUUCUGGCUUGCCUGUGACACUUAUAAGAAGAUAAAAUCACAGAGGAAAAAGAUUUCCAUGGCUAGGAAUCUCUUUGCAAGUUACAUCCAACCCCAGGCUCCCAAUGAUAUAAACAUUGACAGUCCUGCAAGGAAAGCAAUUAUAAGGAAUAUUCAAGAGCCAACACAGUCCUGCUUUGAUGAAGCACAGAGAAUAAUCUACAAGCACAUGGAUAGAAAUUCCUACCCACGAUUUCUUGAAUCACAGAUCUAUCAAAAGCUCAAACACAGUCUUCAAACUAAUGACAACAAUUCAAUGGGAAAUUGAAGAGAAUGGUUGAAAAUGUAAAAAGGUUUAUUCUGGCACACAAGUGUUUAAGAUUUAAAGAAGAGAGCAGAAAUCAGGCAACAGAUAAAUACUAUUAUUAAACUGUUUAACUGUCCUGUUGAUGUUAGAAUUCACAAUGCACUAUCUUCCCUCUCCCCAAGGAAGACUUCUUGUUUUGUU